UGGUGGGGACAGAGAAUGCUGAGCAGCCUUGUGGGAGCCAGUUGUGUCCAGGACACAGAAAGGGAGGUGGUCAGUGAGAAGUCAGUGUGCGGCUUAGAUUCUAAAGUGAGCCAGGUCCACACCGUGUGAACCAGGGGCUGGGCAGGAACCAGAGGGCCGCACAGCCUUGCUGCAGGCCUGUGAAGAGUCUCGGUCUCCAGCCUACCGUCACGCUGCAUUUAUUCAUUCAACACGUGUUUACUGAGCAGCCGCCGGGUGUCAAGUACUGGGCAUCCUGUAGCCCCUGCCCUCGGGAAGCUUACGCUCGAGGGGACCAGGUCCCAAGCUUUGCCACCUAACCUGAAAUCCCCGUCAGCCUCAGGGGUGGUGGCAGGGCCUGUGGCGUCCCGGGGCCAGGCUGUUCUAAGCUGCGGGGAGCGGCGUAGGGAAGGCCCUCAGAGCAGGCUCUGCUCAGUGGCCUGCUCUGGGCCCUUUAGCCGGCAGGACCUUCCUGGGAUUACUGAGGUACAGGAGGGAGAGAUGGGGCAGUGGUGGGAGCGGGAGGAGGGGACGAGGCUGAGUGGGAGCGGUGGGGACUCUGGGUGGUGAGGGUUCGGUGACUGUGACCUCUGCUCAGGGCCUCCUGUGUGCCAGUCCCUAGGCACACACGUGUGUACCUUGCCUCACAGGUGAGGAAACCGAGGCCCACAGAGAUGAAGUGAUGUGUCUGCCUAGCAAGAGGCGAGGUCAGGGUCUGAACUGAGACCUGUGCCCGUAACCAGUGAUGGCAGAACACGGUGUGGUGUGGCCCCUGCUGUCCAUAGCGUCAGUAAGACCAAACAACCAACCUCAGCAUGGAGGUUUCCAGCCUAGCCCCGGCGCUGGUGCUGACGCGGAGCCCCGGAAUGGGCGCCCUUUGUGAGCUGGCCCUGGGAGUUGGCAGCAGGUUCCGUCCUUCUGCUGGGGGAGGGGCAGGCAGAAGCCUGGAGCAGGGACCCAAGUGGAAGAUGGUUCUCGCCAUGCGGGGGGCUCUGUCCCCCAGGGCCGCGCUGAGCCUCCUCCUCCUCCUCAACCUCAUCCUGGCGGCUGCGCUCCUCCGCCCCCAGCCGCUAAGGCCUCAGCGACCUGUUCCUGAGGAAUUUUCAGCCCCCCUGGAACUCUCGGAGCCACUUUCUGGCCUGGUGGACGGUAGUAUCUCCUCCUUCCCCUACCCCUUCCCCUCCUCUGCCCCCAGCCCUACCUGGUGGGGGAGAGAUGCCCUAGGAGAGGGCACCCAGGUCCAGCCUGAGGGCCUUCUCCCAAAUGGCAUCUGCCUGGGGACGUCUUCAGCGGACGCAAAACAGAUUCUCCCUCCCACUCAUACCCUCUUCUCUCUCCUUAGACUACGGGGUGCGCCCCAAGCACCCAUGGCCACGAGGGCCUCGACCCCUUCUCUCCCGGGCCCAGCAGCGCAAGCGGGACGGGCCAGACAUGGCUGAGUAUUACUACGAUGCACGGCUGUGAUGGGAA